AUGUCUACAAAGAAAGCGAGUGCAGGCUCGGCGAGAAGACCAACCGUCAAGUCCAAUGCCCAAACACCUCGGAUCAAAUUGAAUCCUCAUGCCUUUAUGGAGUUUGAGGUGGAUGAAGGAAAUGAGGAGAAGAGGAUACUCGGGAAAGUGAUAUUCGAAUUAUUUGAAGAGAAACUUCCAAAGACGGUUCAAAAUUUUAAAAGUUUGUGUUUGGGUGAUAAGGGAAAAACAAAACCUGUCAAAGAAUUGAACAAUGCUAUUGUAAAUCUACAUUAUAAAGGAACAAACAUUCACCGAAUAGUCAAGGGAUUCGUCAUUCAGGGAGGUGACGUUGUCACAAACAACGGACAGUCAGGUCAUGCCACCACAUCAAGAACAUUCGACGACGAAUCGUUUGAGUACAAGCAUGAACCUUUUUGCUUGACUUCACCAAACUUUGGUACUCCCAACACCAAUACAUCUCAAUUUGCAAUUACCUUAUGCAAAGCUCCAUGGCUUGACGACAAUUAUGUUGUGUUUGGCAGAGUAAGGUACGGCUUUGACGUGUUGAAGCAAAUUGAGAGUUUCGGAACGGAUAACGGGAAAGUCAUUCGGCCAAUCUCGAUAAAAAAUUGUGGAGUGUUCACUGAGGAAGAGGUGAUGAGUAUGGACUCCUCCUCAACAACAAAUCCCUCUCCUCAAUUGCAAUAA